AUGUCCGAUGUCAAUCCUUCCAUUGUGUUGAAGGCAAGAAUUGCAUUACUCUCUACAUCCAUCGGUGGACCAGAUUAUUCAUCCAACGAAACGGCACCAAAAUAUAAAUUAGGUGAUGAGGCUCUUUUAUGUUUGAAAGAUUUAAAGAGAUGGUUUAAGUUAGUUGAUGAUGAACAAAAUAGACUAGAUGUAGCAAUGGCUACUGCUGAAUAUAAAAUUUUAAUUGAUGAUUUGAUACCAAUAUUAAUUGAAUGGGAAACGAAAGCUGCCCAACAUAAGACUAUGGGGCAAGGUGGAACUGUUGGUAAGACCUACUAUGAUAAGAUUGCUUUACAAUGUUUGCAACUGAUGGUUUUGAUGACAUGGCCAUUGAUUCUAACAGAUCAGUCUAGCAUAAGUCAAGUCAAUAAUUAUGCAGAAGUAAAGAAAUUUCAACUUACAUACAAGAAAGCAAUCCUUUCAAUGGAAGAUGGGAAAGUACUUAAAGCAAUUGUUAGAAUAGUAACCAACGUAAUGAGAAUUGAUAGAAUGCAAAGAACGCCACAUGAUAACAUGAUAAUAAAAUUAGCUUUAAAUUUUUUCAGAAAUGUGAUAGCUAUUGAACCUGGAGAGUUAACAAUAACAAAUAAGAAAAAGACUCCGAAGGGAAUUAAUGCGGUAGAUACGUUACCUCCUGGAGUAAGUCAUGAUGAUAUAUCGUUGAACUCAGUUAUAACCAGUUUCAAUAAGAAUAAAGUGUUUAAAUUAUUGUUGACUCUAAGUAGUUCCAUGACAAAAGAAUUCGAUCAAGAUUUUAUAAACGUGCCAUUAUUAGAAAUAAUGACAUAUUUAACAAAGGACAUGAAUCAAGAUUUUUUAAUUGAACCAUCUCAUGGUAAUGUGAAUGAAAUUUCUGGUACACAUAAGAAUGAUCGUUUGAAAAGUGUUUAUUUAUCGAGACCAAAUAUGGAAUUGACAGACCUUUUGAAGAAGGAAACAGAAAUGAAGAAAAACUUAAUUAAACAUACUUCAUCCAGACAUUCGAGAUUUGGUGCCAUGUUAUCUAUUCAAACACCAAAUGGUGGUAGACUAACUGUCUCUGGAGGACAAAAUCUUUUAGAUGAAUCGUCAGCCAUGGAUAAAAUUGAUGCAAGAAAGAAAUGGAAUAAAAGACAGUUACAAAAGAGACAAGAUCCAAUGGAAGAAGGUUUACCUGACGGGUUCUUGAAUUCACAAAGAAAUGCAUUCCCUUUGAUAGACUCUACUAGUAAAGUAUUUGUGAAAUUCUUGAACAACUUUAUUGAUUCAAGUUUCAAUAUUCUUUUGCAUAGUAUCAAUAAUUACUUCACGACUGAACAAGAUAAGAUUGUAACAUUGGAGCAAAUCGAAUAUUUGCUAUUUAACGCAUGGUUUAUCAAAUACCAAGUUAAGAGAUGUAAUGAAGAUCCUACAGCAGAUAUUACAAUGAUCUCCGAAACAUUAAAUGAAACAUCUUAUAUUCUUAUUUGUCAAUUACUACGUAAUGCCUUUGAUAUGAAAAACUGGCCUGUUGUACAUGCAUCUAUGAUUGCAUUCAAUGAGUUACUACUACUGCUGAAUGAUAGAACUGUUCAAACUAAUCAAAAAUUUGAUAUCCAAUUCAUUCUCAGCCGAUUAUUUAGUGAUGAAAGAAUUCAACUACUGUCUAAUUUACCCAGAACUGCAUUUAGACAUUCAGAACACUACAUGAAGACAUGUAUUCAUUUAACUCAUUCAGUCCUGAAAAUAUUAGAAAAGAAUACUGCCAAUCCAUUUGUCAUUGAAGGUAAGAAUAGAAGAGGUGCUAAGACUCAAAAUUUAUCCGAGAAUGAUAUUAAGAAAUUGAUGGAGCAACAUAAUAUUGAUAGAGAUGUUGCCAUUGAAAUUCUUGCUCCUCAAAACAAAGAGAUCGAAGUCGAUUUUACUAGAGUUCAGGGUAGAUUUAUCAACGAUGCAACACUAGAUACGUAUAUUAAUUUCUUGGAACGUUUUCGUGAGCUUGAUCACCAGUCAAUAAAGGAGACCAUUUCUUUCUUUCAUAGGGUAUUAACAAAAGCUAAAGAGGAAACUUAUCUAUUUCGUUUAGAUCUGAUUGUAUUAUUACGAGACAUUCUAGACAGUAGUUAUCUGGCAAAAAAUUCAAGAAGCAGAAAAUACGUUGAAGAGUUUUCAGAUUAUUUAUUAUAUCGAUUGAAAAAGAGAUUAAAAGUAUCACCAGCGUGGUUUGUAGGGUUAUUAUUCCCAUCCUUGCAUGAUAGUCAAAUUGGAUAUUACCAAAGAUAUGGAGAAAUGAGGAGUACAUCGACUAAGAACCGUUUCGGUGUCAUUCCAAGUACAUUCAAAUCAAUCGAAGAUGAAGAAACUCUACCGGUCGCAAUUGUUAGAGAUAUGAAAGUGGGUAUUCUGGUAUCCACAAUAAUAGAUAACGGUGAUAUAGAGAUUUUAGAACUCUUAAAAAAGAACAUGGAAAUAUGUUUUGCAUUUUAUGAUGCUGCAUUACAAAUAUCAGAAAACACAGAUACCAUUCCUAAUGGAGUUGAAAAAGAAACAUUGACACUCACGCCGGAAUCUAAGAAACAUUUGCUUACAAAUAAAGAUUUUAGAGCACUUUUAGUUCUUUUGGAUUACAGCAUACCUCAUACUGAAAAUGAUAAAUGUGUUCUGAAUGAGGGCUGUAAAUAUUCUCAGUUAUUGACAGACCUUGACUCCCUGAAAAAAUAUUUAACGACUCCUUUUGAAGCACCAAAUGGCAAAUCAUCUUCAUCUUACUUAAUCAGAACAUCCGAGGACACUGGAAGUACUUAUGUUGACGAAGAUGGGUGGAAUGGUCAUGAUGAAUAUGACUACGAUGACCCCUCAAUUGUGCGAGAUGAUGAUGAAUAUUUCAAAUCAUUAGAUCAGAAUAUGGAGGAUAGAUUGAAGGGUAAAAAAGUGGCAAGAGGCUUAGCAAAAUCCAAGAAAUUUAAUCGUUCAAAAAAACCACGUUCAAAACGUGGAAGAAAUAAUUUGCCAAUGUUCGAUGUUGAUGAUGACUCUCUUGAUUCUCAAAAGCCGAGUACACAUAGUGCAUUCGCUAGUAAAGAGUACAUUUCAGACUCGGAUGAUGAAGAAGAGAUGUCAUCAGUUUUCUAUGAAAAUGAAAUAUACUUGAGAUAUUUAUUGGAAAAGUAUAACAAAACUCUGACGUCUGAACAAUCUUCAAUGUAUGCGAAAUUUAGAAAUGAACGUGUUUCGAAUAAUGGUAAUAUUAUUAAUGUAAACAAAUACACAGAAUUGUUUGGUGGUUCGAUACCUUCUUUAGAAGAGCUAAAGAAUUCCUCGAUUGGAUCUACAGGUCCAAACAUGGUUUUGCACAAUUUAUCAACAAAAAGAAUGGAGGAUACAUUUAAAUCAUCUGACGGAAAUUCUGAUGAUGAUGGAAGCUCAAACACUCAAAAUGGUGACACUGAAAGCAUUCGGAAAUCUACGGACAACGACCAUGGAAGUAAUGAAGUCGAUGGCGACAAUAACGAUGAUGACGAAGAGACCGAUGAUAAUUCUAAAAGACCCAGAAAUAGGAAAAGAAAAAUUUCUGAGAUCGAGAGUGAUAGUGAUGAUGAGGUACCAGGUGGUGCUAUUUCUAAUAGUGAUAAACCAAAUGUAGAAGACAUAUCAGGAUCUACGCAUAUGGACGAAUCGAAUAUAACAAGCAGAGAAAAUAUGUAUGACGCUAUUAUGAAAAAUAUAGAGGAAAAUGACCAGGAGAAUUAUUAA